AUGGCACCCGCUCUUACAGACGCCCUCCCAACAGCGCCGCAUAAUCUGGGUGGUCCCAUCUCCAAGGCUAUCUUCCCAGAUGGCCUAAAAACAACAGGACAACAUCCCCCUCUCUACAACGAGCUCGUUACCUUCGACCAGUUCCCGAAACAGAUCACCGGACCUACUGUCUGGAAGGCCGAGGACUAUCGCGAGAGCCCAGAGAAAUGGACGCAUAUUUUCAAUGAGAAGCAGGUCGCCGAGCUGAGUGCUGCGGCGGAUGCGUUCCUUGCUUCCAAGACUCCUUUGACUGGUAUUUCGAAGAGCAACUUCCAACUCCCAAAGCUAGCAGGCUACCUCCACAAGCUGCGCGCAGACCUCAUCGACGGCAAGGGCUUUAUCCUUUUCAAGGGCUUCCCCGUCCAGAAAUGGGGUAAUCACAAAUCUGCCGUGGCAUACAUGGGUUUAGGCACAUACCUCGGCUACUUCGUCAGUCAGAACAGCCGUGGUCAUGUACUCGGUCAUGUCAAGGAUCUCGGCGAGGAUUCCACGCAGAUUGAUAAGGUCCGGAUUUACCGCACCAAUGCUCGCCAAUACUUCCACGCCGACGACUCAGACCUCGUCGGCCUCCUCUGCAUAGCCAAAGCCCUCGAAGGCGGCGAAAGCGACCUAGUCUCCUCCCACAACGUCUACAACGCCCUCGCAGCCGAACGCCCAGACGUCCUCAAAACUCUUACCUCCCCAAUCUGGUACUUCGACCGCAAAGGCGAAACCUCGACCGGCCAAGAAGAAUUCAUCCGCACAAGUGUGAUUUACCUAGAGCGCAGCAAAGCCAAAACAGGCAUCGAGCCACGCGUCUACACAAAAUGGGAUCCCUACUACGUCCGCUCUCUCGGCCGUUUCAGUGACGCAGGCAUCAUCCCCCCGCUUAGCGCGGAACAGCUCGAGGCAUUGAAGGUUCUCGAGGAGACCUGUGUCCGGUUGAGUUUGCAUAUGGUUCUUGAUAUUGGUGAUAUCCAGUUCCUUUCUAAUGCGCAUGUUUUGCAUGCGCGCACUGCCUACACGGAUCAUGCGCCGCCUAAGCCCCGCCGGCAUCUUAUGCGGCUUUGGUUGGCGACGCCUGAGGAGGAGGGUGGGUGGAGGUUGCCCUUCUGGGAUAGUAAUGAGAAGAAGAGGGGUGGUAUUCAGGUUGAUGAUCAGGAGCCUGUUGCGCCUUUGGAUGCUGAGUAG